UAAACUUGCUUAACUUCACAACACUCACCCUAACCUCCGGUGCCCCGUACUCAGCCCAACUGCUGUCCGCGGAUUCACAGUCUAUGGAAAACACGAGUGACACUGAGUUUCGCGAAAUUAGCGAUGCCGAUUUUAACAAACUUUCUUCCGCUCUGACAAAGGCUGGCUACAAGGAUGGAAUAGCGGAGGGCAGGGAUGCGGUCUUUCAAAGCGGAUUUGACACGGGAUACUCGGAUGGCUUUAGGACCGCCUUUGAAAUAGGCAAAUGGAGUGCAAUGAGGGGAUUGGUGAAGCAGAAAGAAGCUUCGAUUAGUGUUCCGAGUGAACACCCCAUUUUGGACGCUCCAGAGAAGGAACAUCAUCAGUUUUUGAAGCAGCCAAGCAAUGAGUCUGUUGAUGAGAUUUCAAGGAGGCAGAAGGAGUACAUCGCCCAGAUAACAACCACACUAAAUGCGGACCUAAAGGAAAUAAAGAAUUUUUUCGAAUAAGA